CGCCCCCUCCCUCCUCUCGCGAGAGCUGAGGCGAGCGGCGGGACAUCCGGGGCCGCCGGCGGUGUGUGCGGCGGGGCAAGAUGGCGGUGGAGUCGCGCGUUACGCAGGAGGAGAUUAAGAAGGAGCCGGAGAAGCCGAUCGACCGGGAGAAGACGUGUCCGCUGCUGCUUCGCGUCUUCACCACCAACAACGGGCGGCACCACCGCAUGGACGAGUUCUCCCGCGGCAACGUGCCCUCCAGCGAGCUGCAGAUCUACACUUGGAUGGAUGCAACUCUGAAAGAGCUGACCAGCUUAGUGAAAGAAGUUUACCCAGAAGCACGGAAGAAGGGCACACACUUCAAUUUUGCAAUUGUUUUUACAGAUCUCAAGAGGCCUGGGUAUAGGGUGAAGGAGAUCGGCAGUACCAUGUCGGGCAGGAAGGGCACAGAUGAUUCUAUGACAUUGCAGUCCCAGAAAUUCCAGAUAGGAGACUACUUGGAUAUAGCAAUCACUCCUCCAAACCGUGCACCGCCCCCAUCAAGCCGCAUGAGACCAUACUAAACCGUUGCUUCUUUGUGUGAUCACAUCUUCUGUAUAUUCCUACUUGCUGUUCUAAAGCAGGCUUAUUUUUUUUGCUUUUGUUGCUAAGCAAGAACACCUGAAGACAAAGCUAAGCAUCAGAAAUGAAAGUUAACUUUUAAACCUUACCUUUUAGUUUGUUUAGAAGAAACACUUCUCUUUAGCAGUGCCAUCAUCCUAUCUCUGAUUGUUAUCUUUGAAUGGUAAGACAGUGUGUCCAGUGUUUCAACAUUUCCAUAAAAUGCGACCAGAAGGAUUACAGAUGUUCUGUAGUUCUUGUUUGGAAUAAAGAUUGAUGAUGUUAAUCUUUUGA